AUGGCCACGAAUAAUGUCCGCCUGCCACAGCGACGCACUUUGGCUCAGCGUGCGAAAGCCGACGAGAACGCGAUGAGCAGACAUGUUCGACAAGCCUCCGCCGGAGGAACUCAAGGUCCAUUCCGGUUCACUGCUGGGAAGAGUGAAGCCCUUAGGAGCACGGCUACGCGUCAAGCGCUGAGCGAGGUGACCACCGCAGCCGUAAACCGAAAGGAUGCCAUAUCAAAAUCAGGGUUAGGGAAAGAAAAGGAAGAAACCGGUCUAAAGCGCGGUCGGUCUAACUCGACUACUCUGGCACAGCGAGUGCCACUGGGUCCUGGACGAGGUCAAGUUGCUCCUCCCGUUACAAACGCUGUUAAUGCGCGCACCCUCCCUGUUCGAACACGCGUGCCAGCACCUCCUAAACGCUCUUCCAAAGUACUCACCGAGCAGAUUUUGGAGGAGGAAAUAGAGGUGCGGGAAGAUCUCCAUAGCGAAAUGGAGGUCGAAGAAGAUAUUGCACACGACUAUGACGAAGAAGAAUUAUUGGUGAACGAACAGGAAGUGGAGGCCAUGAUCGGUAUCGACAGCGAGGCUGAGCCGGAUGAAGAGGAAGAUGAUAAGUCCCUACAGCCUGUAGAAGCUAAACCUCCGCGAGUUUGGCCCGAUGUGGAGACUGAGCGAGCCCUACGGUACCAAAAGGAAGUGCAGGUCAUUCGCUCUCGAUUCGAGGAUGAGAUCGAUGUGUACGACACAACGAUGGUCUCUGAAUAUUCUGAAGAGAUUUUCGAAUAUAUGUGCGAACUUGAAGACGAAGUUAUGCCGAAUCCAAAUUAUAUGGACGGGCAAAAUGAAAUAUCAUGGGGCAUGCGCCAGACUUUAGUCGAUUGGCUUUUGCAGGUUCACCUGCGCUAUCAUAUGCUUCCGGAAACCUUGUGGAUAGCAGUGAACAUCGUUGAUCGAUUCCUCACUAAACGAGUUGUUUCAUUGUUGAAGCUGCAGUUGGUUGGCGUUACAGCUAUGUUCAUCGCCGCCAAAUACGAGGAGAUCCUUGCCCCUUCCGUGGAGGAAUUUGUGUUCAUGACGGAGAAUGGUUAUACCAAAGAGGAGAUUCUAAAGGGCGAACGGAUUAUGCUGCAGACUCUAGAAUUCCGUAUAUCACACUACUGUUCUCCGUACAGUUGGAUGAGGAAGAUCAGCAAAGCCGACGACUAUGAUAUUCAAACAAGGACACUCAGCAAGUUCCUGACAGAAGUAACACUGCUCGACUACCGAUUCCUCCGGGUGAAACCCAAUCUUGUCGCUGCAGUUGGCAUGUAUUGUGCACGGAAGAUGUUAGGUGGUGAUUGGAACGAAGCAUUUGUGUUCUUUUCUGGAUACACGGAAGAACAACUCAUUCCAGGACACAACCUUCUCGUCGAGAAGUUAACAGAAGACAACUUCAACAAGCAAUAUGUGUGCAAAAAGUAUGCAAAUAAGAAGUUCCUCAAGGCAUCCGUGUUCGCUAUCAACUGGGCUAAAAACCAUGUCGAGACAACAAACGCGGCCGUCCCAGAAUCCAUGAUUCUAACUCAAUAA